GCAGGCAGAGCAUCCACACAGAGUAGCUAGUGAACUCUAGCUAGUGCACAGCAGCUACUCUGGGCUUUUCCCCCGUGUAGACAAGCCCAGGGUGUAAAGGAAGGUUUACGCUGCAUUGAUCACAGGACUGAUGAUCAGAUGACAUACGUUAAGAGGAACAAGUGCCGCUGCUUUGGGGAGAAGAUGGAGUUCAUCAGUAUGUUACUUUUCUUGCUGCAAGUUUCAGGUGCAGCAAGACGACGCAUUCAAGUGACUGGUGAGGUUGGAGGAUCCAUCACCAUAAAGUGUCCUGUGAAGGACAUUUCCAGUCGAAAAUUCUGGUGCAGGGAGCUCGAGACAGGGGCCUGUGGCACCAUCAUCUCCACCACUCCAUACAUCAGUGAGAAUUACAGGAAUAGAAUAUCCAUCACCGAGGCGCCUCAGGAAGAAAUAUUUCAAAUUACAAUCACAAGGCUGGAAGAGGAGGACACGGGGCUGUACAUGUGUGGGACAGGAUUUGUAAAUGACAAAGGCAGUGGAAGGUCCCUCCAAGUGGAGCUGAAGGUUUCUAAUGGGAAUGCUCCCCCCAGAAUGGGCCUGUUGUCUGCUGAACCCCUGAGACGUGACAGACCUAUUGUGGUACCAACAGAGUCUGGCAACAAAGGUGCUGACACUCAAGGAGUCACACAACCACAGAUGACUAAUGGAGCACGGGCAAAAUAUACUUCCUAUGCUGCACCUGGCAUCAAAUUCCCUGAAAAUACCAUAAUUACGCCUGCAGACGUCAUUGGCACCACUGUUACCAAUGCAGCGUCUGAAAGUAUAACAAAGGGGAUUCCAAAGACUUCCAGGACAAUCGGCUAUGCACAUCCCAGGUAUACAAAGCGCCUCUUGAGAAGCAAUUAUGGGAAUGAUGUCUUUCAAAUCCUGAUACCAAUUCUCCUGAUAAUGCUGCUGCUUGUGGCUUCUGUGAUAAUUGUUAGAAAACAGCUACGAGGGAAGAAAGGCAUUACAAUCUACAUGUUUGGAUGUUUUGGAGAAGCAGCUUCCAGUGAAACCUAUGGAAUAAAUCAGAGGUUGAGUGCGCUCGAACAUGGCCAAGGGCACAUUCCAAUGGAAAAUAUCUACAGCGUGUUACCCCGCAGGCUCGAGGGAGCUGACAGGAACAGUUCUCAUGUACCUCAUGACUCAUAUCACUGCAGAGUUGACUUAUAAGAGCUGCUGUGACAUCACAUCGGUCACCAGGCACAGUUGAGGAAGGACUUGAGGCACACACAAAGCCGCCUCCAAUCAGCACCUGAACCCUACAUGUCAAAGCAUUACUUUGAUGCUGUGACCACGCUGCUCUGCAGAAGCUGUUCUACAUGCUUUCUCCACACAAAGUGCUAAUGCUAAGUUUACAAAGGUACAAUGGAUUUGCUGUGGUUGUUUAAAUGUGAUUUUUCUAGUUUGCUCUGCAGAUCGUGGUCUUGCUUUGCAGAGCUUGGUCUGUACAGAUGGUUGCCAAAACACGCAGGUUCAGGUAAACAUUAAAAGCAGAGGUAAACUUUUCCCCUCAAUAUUUAUUGACUGUGGAUGAAGAUUUCUCCUAUGCAGAAGGCCCGUGCAGGACCGAAGCACCACUUAAAUCCUCAAAUUAGGUUAAUAGACUGAAGUGUUGUCUCAGUUUUGUGCUCUUUGCACAAGAAUGGAUUUCACCCUAUAAGCUCAUUGGCAUUUUGAUAUAGCAUUAAAGUUCAUCUUCAUUGUCAGCUUGAACUAGGUGAGUAUAGUUGGUAAUCCAGUGCCCAGAAAAAGAAGAAGGAGAAUUGUUUUGCAACAAUUUCUCGUGUUUCAUCAAGUGUAUUUUUGGUGCUAAAUUUCUGAUCAGCUAUGAAACUGGAUGGAAAACAGAGUUUGUUUUUUUUCCCUUUCCAAAUACUUUAUACACGUUUUUCAUUCAAAUAAAUAAAAAUGUUUUGGAGAAAUGUUUAGGGAGUGCUUAUUGUUAUUGAGACUCCGGGCCUGAUCCCAAUUUAACACUGAUGUAAAUCCAUUGACAUUAGUGAAGUUAUGUUUAAUUCCAACGCAUUACCCUUUCUGCUUAACAAUCUGUCCCAAUUUAUAUUCAGUUCCAACACUCCGCUUCCUUCCCCAGGUCUAAAGAAGAACUCUGUGUAGCUUGUACCUUCUACCAGCAGAAAUUGGUCCAACAGAAGAUAUUACCUCACUCAGGGGAGUGUCAUUUUUAAUUUAUAUCAGUAUAAGUGAAAUCAGAUUCAGACCCUAAACUAACAUCACAGGCCUAGAGAGGUCCCCCCGUGUAUACUCCUACUAGUGUCGUGUGGUGGGGGAGCUUAUACUGCUACGGUCCAGGCAGAAGGUAUCAUCCCAGACUACUUCACAGUGACCUUCACAGUGAUACUGGAUCCUGUUCUCUAGUCACCAUUCCCUUCCCAUGACUUGGGACUCCUGGCCAGGACUAAGUAUGACCCCCACGUGGGUACACUGGACAGAAUGAGCUGUGUUAGUCUGGGAGCGAAAGACAACCACAGGGCCCAUCUGUGUCCGGUAGCGUCAAUAAGUAAUCCUCCUUAUAUUUCUCAUGGCUAAGUCCUGUCUGUUCUGAAGACAGGAGGACAAUACAGGCCCUCUCCCACUUCUCAGAUGCUGCCCUUUCCCUAACAUCUGUAAGAAAGAAAUGAACUACAUCUGUUUUGAAAUGAACUAUUAAAUUUUUAUUAGCUGCGAAAAAGCAAAGAACUUUGACCAUACAUCUUAAAUACAGUUAGACAUUUAAAAUAUUGCAAGAACAAAUAUUGUUAUUACAUCUGAUGUCAGUUUCUCAAUGACAUUAUUCACUGCUAGUAGCUUGUACAAUAUGUACAUACUGAAAAACAGACAAUACGAUCAUGCCAUAUUAGUUAUAUAAGAACAGAUACACCUUAAAUACGUUUUAUUAUAAAUACAUCUUAAAUAAAACAGAUUAUUUAAAUAGAGAUUACUUAAAAUAAAUAACAUUUGGAACUUGCAAAACACUUUCAUUAGAGAUCUCAAAUGAGUGUUAUGAUGGCAAUGUAGUUUUAGUUCUAAGAUAUUUUAUAAGUUAGUGUCUGAUAAGCUCUUGUCACUUAUACCUGUGCGUAAUGUGAUGUGGGAAUCUCAAAAGGUUCCGCUUUUGGUGAAUACUUAUCUAAGUUUAUCUAAACCUCUUGGGACUAAUUCUCAUCUCACUGACACCAGAAGUGAAGUCCUGGCCCCUUUCAAAGCCAAUGGCAAAACUCCCAUUUGACUUCAGUACAGCCAGGAUUUCACCCCAGAUAUAUAGAUACACAUUCAAUCUACUACCAUGGGGUUUCUCCUGACCUACAUGGAUGUAAGUGAAAGGAGAAUAAGGCCACUUGAGCUGGAAAGUGUGGUGCCUGAUUUUGUACUCAGAGAAACAGUCUCAUUCAAAUUAACAGGACCAUUCAGGGGAGUAAGGGUUACAGUUUUGAGGACGACCUUCAGAUGGAAAGAAAAGGGGCUCUUGUGAGUUUUCUGGUACCUCCUCCUUCCAGAUAGGCUGGAAAUGCUUUUGGAAGAGUGUUUCUCACAGUACUCAGGUGCGUCCAUUUCUAGCCCUGAUUGGGACUAAGCAGUACAGAGGCAAAGAACAAUUUAAAAAAUUGUCUAUCGAAGCGGUGAGUGAAGAUUCUGGCUUCUUAAUGUAACUGGUGCAACAAUAUGGCUGAAAGAGAUGCUCCUGAACUGAUUUAGAUCCAGCGUUUGGUUCAGGCCCAUCGUUAAUAGAAAGUACCAGACAAGUAGUGAUAUAAUGUUGUUGGGCCCUGUGAAAUGGAAACAACAUCAGUUUGUUCCUGAUGUGACAUCUCCACUCCACUCCCACGGCCUGGGGCUGAGACGCAGUGAGUGCUCACAAUUCCAGGAUCAGGCAAUCGGCUUUAGCUGUGCAACUAAAAUGAAAAGUAGCUCACAGCCUACAUCACCAGAUCCCUUGAAAUUCUAAAGAUCAGGAUCUUGGGGAAUUUCUCCUUGAGCCAUGCAGACAUCUGCCUUUUUCAGUCACAAACCAUUAACAUACAC